AUGCCCGAAGAUCAAAGAGAACCUAUCUGGCAGCGGCGAUUUGACCAUGCGCUCGCCAAUACGAACACAUUCUUAUCCCUGCUUGAGGCCCUCACAGAAGGGGUUAUCAUCUGCGAACCUCUCAAAGGCGCGGUCAAGCUGGCGAAGGCGGUCAUCGAGAUAAAAGUUCGUAAGAAUCAGAAGGAUUGCCGGGAACUGGCUCGGCAUACAUGCAAGUUGAUGAUAUCCAUCGUCGCCGUCCUAGAGGGAAGGUCAACUGAUGAGAUUCCGGACCGGCUUAAAACUUGCAUUGACAACGUCGCUUGCACCCUCUCAGAGGUCAAGGCUGGUCUUGAAACACUGCAGCUUCAGAAGCGCUUCUCCUUCAAGUCCUUAAGACGGGCGUGCCUCCGACGAGAAUAUGUGGCGGAGGAGAUCGCCAGCUACAGCAUUCUGAUCGACCGUUGCCUGCAACAGUUCCAGGUCGUUAUGCUCACUGUGGGCCCUACUGUCCUUGUUCUAGAUAACUUCGAAAGCCCAUGGGAUGCUGGAGGAACCCACGCGUCGCUAACGAAGCUUCUCGGUGCAUUGGCCGCGCUUUCCAACCUCCAACUUGUCGUGACGAUGCGAGGGGACCAUCCGCCGGCUAAGGAACACGUGCGGUGGAAUCCCGUCUGUCUUGCUCCGUUGAGCAUGGAAUCUGCCAAAGCACUGUUUCUGUCCAUGAAUCCUCAUACCAAAGCCGCAGAAUACCAGGAUUUAGACGUGUUGCUUGAGAAGGUCGAUGGCCUACCGCUUGCCAUUGAUCUCCUUGCGAAGCAGAAGGGGGUAUUACCCUGUUCUCUCCUACUACAACGAUGGAAAUCACAAUCUACCGCGUUGCUUACCACCGAACCACGAUUUCCCACCCGGUUGACGAGUCUUGAUGUCUCAAUCAUGCUUUCGCUGAACUCAGAAUCUAUGAAAGCAGCUCCAGAUGCUCUCGCUCUGCUGGCAAUCAUAUGCCACUUACCCGACGGUCUUACCAGAGGUUCGGAUCAACUCGUCGACAUGAAUCUUGGCUUCGAAAAUGUACACCAAUCGCUCUCGGCGCUGCUAUGCAGUGCACUCGCCUAUAUCAGCCCUGGGGGCUCUAUCAAGGUGCUCUCCCCGAUUCGCCAGCACAUCAUCAUACAUCACGACCUGCCGCAAUCAAAAUACCAAAAACUGUUGCAAUACUAUACCGGACUCAUAGACGAACAUGCAUCCGUGUCUCCGGGAUACGGCGAUUUUGAGCAGGCUUCAAAUAUUCUGCUUCCGGAGACAGGCAACAUCAUCCAUUUACUCGUGCAGGAACUCCGACUGGGUCGAACAUGUACGCCUGGUAUCGCUCGCGCCGCUUUCUCGUUCUCCAAGUUUCAGUGCUGGACACGACAUUCAACUGAAAUUAUAGACAAGUUGCUCAGUCAAUGGCCUAUUCAUGGACUGGAUGUUCAUCGUGCAAAAGGGUUGGUGCUGAGGGCAAGACUCUUAGGGUGUAUGCGUCACUACGCGAUGGCACAGCGCGACUUGGAUGCUGCACUGGUGGAAUGUCAUAGGUUCGAAGAUCAAGAAACGGCAGCGGAAUGCCUGUACUAUUCCGGCAUUGUGUAUCGCAGUCGUAGCGAGGCUACCAAGGCAAUAGAGAAGUUCACGCAUGCCCACGACGCGUACUCCAAGAUUGGAGAUGACCUGGGCAUAGCGAACUGCCUGCAAAACUUGGGCGACAUUUAUUGCACGCAGAAAAAGUACACGGAGGCGAUAGAGAAUACAUCCCGGGCGCAUGUCGUAUUUUCCCAGAUUGGCGACCGACGGCAGGUGGGAAAUUGCCUAGAAAGACUGGCCUACAUUUGUUACGUGCAGGGCGCAUACACGGAGGCCAUAGCGAAGCUUGUUCAGGCCCACGAUACGUUCUCCGAAAUUGGUGACCGACUGGGGGUAGCGAGUUGCCUGCAAAGCUCGGGCGACAUCUUUUACAUGCGAAACGAGCACACUGAGGCGAUAGCGAAUCUCAUUCGGGCACACGACAUCUACUCCGAGAUUGGAGACCGACUGGGUGUGGCAGAAUGCCUGCAAAGCAUGGGUGACAUAUAUCGCAUGCAGAAGGAGUAUACACGGGCUACAGAGGCGUUCAAACGGGCCCACGACGUAUAUGUUGAAGCCGGAGACGGGUUGGGCGCAGCCAGUUCUCUGCGAAUUUUGGGCAGUAUUCAUCGUGACCAAAAUGAGUACGCGGAGGCGAUAAACAAGCUUACCCAGGCUCUCAAGAUAUACUCUGAGACUGGAAAUCAGCUUGGCGCAACUCAAUGUCUACAGAGCCUGGGCGACAUCGAUCGUGCCCAAGAGCAAUACUACCAAGCUGCAGAUAAGCUGAAUCGCGCUCUCGACGUUGCCUCAAGCACUGGGGACAUCUACCAGAUUGCUUGGUGUCGGAUUUACAUUGGAUUGCUCGAUCGCGACCAGUGUCGUUACAAUGAGGCACUCAUGCACAUAACCCUUGCUCGCUCAUUAUUUACGGGCAUCGGACAAGAGGGCGACGCUGGAUAUUGUUCGGACCUUAUUGCUGAGAUCCACCAAUCCAUGAGCAAAAAAGGCUCGAUGAUUGUGUCAAGUAGCGUAGCAACGCCCGCACAAUACGUAUAG